AUGGCCAUGGCUGGCGAGGGGCCGGACUCGUCCUUUGUCUCGGACGAGACAGCAACCGCAGAGGCCAGCUCCGACCGCCGGUUGCCUGCAAGCCCUGACGCUCGCGAGAUGUCGGAAAUAAGAGUCCAACGCUCCAUCAGGGCAAGCACAGCUCUCCUGUUGGAGGAGAUCAAAGGUUUGAGCUCUGAGCUUCGUGGUUGUCGGCCCCUUCCGGAAGGUCGCUCCCGUCACGACCAACUCGUGAAGGCCCAGCAGCGUGCAAUAGACUCGAGCAGGGCCGCGCUCAGAGACACGCUGGAGGUGGUCGAGGUGAGCAGGCGGUUGGCAGAUUCGCAUCGGAGAACAUCCGCUGACAAGGAGAGACUCGAGCUCCUUUUACGCAAGGCUCAAGCGGAGGUUCGGAAGUGGAAAGCCGCCAAGUGUCAGGACUCGAAGAUCGCAGAGCUGACUGCCGAGAAGGAAGAGCUACAGCGCCUUCUGCACCAGGCCCAAGCGGAGGUUCGGAAGUGGAAAGCCGCCAAGUGUCAGGACUCGAAGAUCGCAGAGCUGACUGCCGAGAAGGAAGAGCUACAGCGCCUUCUGCACCAGGCCCAAGCGGAGGUUCGGAAUUGGAAAGCCGCCAAGUGUCAGGCUGAGAAGAACCUGCAGGAGCUUCUUGAAGGGCGAGGUCCGGACGUCUGA